CAGGCGCCUGCACACACACAGACACUCCUUUCCAGCUCCCACACUAUAAAGAGCGCAGGUGAGCUCACGCGCGGCAGUGCGGCUGGCGGGUAGAGAGGCGGUGAGAGAGCAGCGAGGUGUUUGCUGAAGUGCCAGGUGACAGAUCUGUUCGUGCGCAGCGCCCAGGGAGACUCUGUCCUCCCUGCCUCCCGCCGCUGGAAAACAGUCGGAAAUCGGAGAGCUGGAGCAGGGAGAGGGAGGUCUCGCAGCACCGAGUGGGAGAGGGGAAGGCAGGGAGCAGGAACGCGAUCCGCUCUGGUCUGCACCGCGCCGAGCUCCGCUCUGAGGACCGGGAUCAAACGGCACUCGCUGGCUCUGAGGCCGCAGUGCGAUGGGCAAGCUGGCAGUGAAGCAGGCGGCGGUGGGCGUGUUAGUGGCCGGGGCGGCCUGUAUGGGUGUCAUCGCCCUCAUCCUCACCCUGGUGAGAGUCAGAAGCAUGGACCUGCCCGUGGGCACACAGUACGGCAUGGUGUUCGAUGCAGGCUCCACACACACAGCCCUCUUCCUGUACCAGUGGCCGGAGGGAAAGGAGAACAACACGGGGGUCGUGUCCCAGGUCUUGGUGUGUGAUGUGGAAGGUCCGGGCAUCUCCAGCUACGCCAGUGAUCCCCCCGGCGCUGGUCAGAGCCUCAAGGCCUGUCUGGACAAGGCCAAGGCCAGCAUCCCCGCCGAGCGGCACCGAGACUCGCCAGUCUACCUGGGAGCCACCGCAGGCAUGAGGCUGCUGCACUUGCAGAAUCCCACCCAGUCAGUCCAGGUUCUGCAGGAAGUGGCGAAGAUGAUCCGGUCAUAUCCCUUUGACUUCCGGGGCGCGCGGAUCAUCUCCGGCCAGGAGGAGGGAGCGUAUGGCUGGAUCACCAUCAACUACCUGCUGGAGGGCUUCAUCCAGUACUCCUUUGAGGGCAGAUGGAAGCACCCCAAAAACGGGAAGAUUCUGGGGGCUCUGGACCUGGGGGGCGCUUCCACCCAGAUCACCUUCACCCCAAAAGACCCCAUCCUGGACAAGAGCACUGAGGCCCGAUUCCGGCUGUAUGGCUACAACUAUGGCAUCUACACCCACAGCUACCUGUGCUACGGCAAGGAGCAGGCCAUGAAGCAGCUGCAGGCCCAGCUGGUCAAGGCCAAGGGCAGUGACCUUUCCCAACCUGUGACCCACCCCUGCUACAACUCGGGGUACAACCUGAGCCUGACCAUGGGAGAGCUGUUUGACUCCCCUUGCGUCACCAAGCCCUCGGACUUCAACGCCGUGACCCCGGUGACCUUCAGGGGCAGCGGGAGCCCCAUGGAGUGCCAGGAUCUCGUCAAGACCAUCUUCAACCUGACUGGCUGCCCCUCUGCAUCCAGCUGUGGCUUCAAUGGCAUCUACCAGCCCCCCAUCAGCGGACAAUUCUUUGCUUUCUCCUCCUACUUCUACACCUUCAGUUUCCUGAAGCUCACCCCUCAGGCACCACUCGCCCAGGUCCAGAGAACCGUUGAGGAAUUCUGCAGGAAAAAGUGGACUUUGCUGAAAGCAGAGUAUCCCGGGGAGAAGGAGAGGUUCCUGCGGGACUACUGCGCCACUGGGUACUACAUCACCACCCUGCUGCUGGAUGGGUUCAAGUUCGACAACCAGAGCUGGAGCAACAUCGUGUUCCAGAAGCAGGCUGCGGACACGGACAUCGGCUGGACGCUGGGCUACAUGCUGAACCUGACCAACCUGAUUCCCUCCGAGCGCCCCCAGGCGGCUGUGGGGCAGAGCCCGGAGCAGUGGGCGGCGGCUGUGUUCUUCAUCGUGUUUGGAGUCUUCCUCUGCCUGGUGGCCAUCAUCAUGCAGAUUUUCUGGAGCCGGACUACUGACAUCGUGUGACCUGGGGGGCGGGGGGCUGGAGAGGUGACUGAGAGGGCAGCCAGCGGGCCUGUGGCUGGGGGGUGCAAAGCAGUUUAAUUGACAUGUAGGCAGUAAAGGAAUAUGGGGGGCUUAAGGCUUGAAGCAUAUAUCUUAUACAGAGCCAUGCCAAAUUAAAAUGAGCUUUAACGUGCCUGUGACUCGACAGAUCACGCACACAGUGUCGUGGGCAUGACCCAGAUGCUCACGCACCCCUGAGUGCGGGUUUUGGGGGGGGACUGCUCAUUGUAAUAUGCUCAUUAAAAUGACGAGGUUCUAGCAUAUACUGAAGGGGACUGGGAGCCGGUGGAGGUUGAAGCCAUAUUUUAUAGAAAUGUUACUAAUGUGAGGUUUGUUAUGGUGGGAACUCUAAUAGACAAGUAUCUAGGGGCACAUGGAUUAAAAGGGAUAUAAUGCUGAUUUGAAUUCUACCUCCCUGUCAAUGAAGCAUGAAGGCGUUUCCUGGGGGAACGAUGCUGAUGGCGGCAGGGGUGGAGGCAGUGUGUGAGAGUCGGCCGUCUGUCGCUGCUGGGCAGGAUAGCGCUGGCAGAGAGAGAGCAGAGCCACAGAGCUCCCCCUGUCAUCCUGUCCCCCUGUCCCUGAGCUCUUUCUCCCACCCUGUUGCUCAUCCACUCCUCUCUCUCUCUCCAGCCCUGUCCUUCUCUUCACUCCCUCCGUCCUCUGUCGCUCAGCAGUCCUCUGGACCUUCCCAACAUUCUUGAGACAUUUGGGACAGUUAUCUCACUGUGCGCUCUGCUGUUUGUCGAAUAAAGUCUGUAAUCAAGAGAA